AUGUCAAAGAUCACAAGCCUGAUGCAAGAAGAGGUAACGUUAGGAGAGGUUCCAGAGACGAGAGAAGACGCAUUUUCGGUCAAUAAUCAUGUGUUGGAUAUUUGUCGGAAAAGAAAGAGAUCAGAUGAAGUAGAAGAAGAAGAACUUGUGGAGGAAGAAAACGACGGGUUCAAAACACCGACCCGUCCGGAAAAUAGAAUCCCUGAGGUCAGAGUGUGCCCACCGGCGCCGAGGAAAGGCGAAAAGGAAUACUCGGCGAUACACAGAGGUAACACAAUGUGGUGCCGUAGACGGUUGAGUUUCUCGCCGGAAAAUGCCGUCGGCUCGUUUAUAACGGACUUGCAGUGGAGGACAACGUCAAUGUGGAUCAAGAAAUAA